AUGGCAGAUACUAUAGUUACAUCUGACCAAUCUUCUACUUCCUCGCUAAACGCUACCCGAAUAAUCUGUCAUGUAUGUCAGAAGCAGUUUUCCCAAUACACAUGUCCUCGAUGCAAUUCACGAUACUGCUCCCUCGUGUGUUAUAAAUCUCAUAGUCUUCGUUGUACUGAAUCCUUCAUGAAAGAAAAUGUUGUUCAAGAGCUCCAGCAAAUGCAACCUGAUGAACAAACCAAACAUAAAAUGUUGGAAAUACUGAAGAGAUUUCAUUCAGAAGAGGAAAUGGAUAACAUGGAUGAGGAUUCUUUUGAAGAUUCAACUUUGUCUGAGGAGACGAUUGAAAAAAUACUGUCAGGACAAGAAAUCAGUUUUGAUGAUUUAUCUCUAGAAGAGAAGAAACAAUUUCAACGAGCUAUUGCUUGUGGGGAAUUAAGCAAGAUGGUCACACCAUGGGAUCCAUGGUGGUCAAAGCAUUCUGCCAGAAAUAUUCGUCUUAGUAAGGAAGGAACUCAACUUGUUCAACCUCUUUCAGAGCAGGAAUCUCUUGAUGACACUGAAAGUAACGAAUCAAGUGAAAUUCCUCUUGGCCCUGAAGUUCCGCUACCUCCUCUAAGUAGGCUUAGUUCCAAGGAACCAUCACCCCUUUUAACUGUUCACAUAGUUGAUAUUUUAUACAGCUACUGCUUUACUCUUCGCCUAUACAAUGGAGAUUGGAGGUCAGAUCCCAUAGGGUCAGCCGUGGUUGUAUUGAGCGUGUCCUCAGUUUUGGGUCAAGGUGGGCAGCCAGAGACUGUACUGGAAGCCCUCACGCACUGCUUGGAGCAAGUAUGCUCUCCUGCUUACAGACACAUGGGGGGGCUGCAAUUCGGUUUAAGUGUUACUGAUGAUGUGAUCAGUUUACUUUCACUAGGUGGUCCUGCUAUGGUGUGUGCCCUUUGCGAUUUGCGUAGGUUGAUUCAAGAAGGUGAAAAGGAGGCCAAAUCAGAAAAGCCAAGAAAGUUUAGGAGGAAUGAGACUAGAAGUGCUAUUAAGCAGGCAGAAAGAAAAAUAUAUUUCAUCAUGUGUUGGGUCCAUGAGCAGCCAAAGGAAGCUUGGUCUUCUUUAGCAGCCAUUGUUACGACACAAAAAACAUUGGCCAUGAAAUUUCAGGGGAGUAAUAAGGCUGAAAAAUUGAAUAGAGCAAAAACCAAAAGCAAAUGUUUAAUUGAGGAGAUUGAAUGA